GGGGAUGAGCAAAUUGCGGGUAAACACGCCGCCGCCGGGCCACGAGAGGCCGUGAGGAGCUGGUUUUCUCCCAGUCGCCGCCCUGCCCUUGGAUUUGAGAUCAUGUCCAUUCACAUCGUGGCGCUGGGGAACGAGGGGGACGCUUUCCACCAGGACAAUCGGCCGUCGGGGCUCAUCCGCACUUACCUGGGGAGAAGCCCGCUGGUCUCCGGGGACGAAAGCAGCUUGUUGCUGAACGCGACCAGCACGGUGGCCCGUCCGGUGUUCACCGAGUACCAGGCCAGCGCUUUUGGGAACGUCAAGCUCGUGGUUCAUGACUGUCCCGUCUGGGACAUUUUUGACAGUGAUUGGUACACCUCUCGAAACCUAAUUGGAGGUGCUGACAUCAUCGUGAUCAAAUACAAUGUAAAUGACAAGUUUUCAUUCCAUGAAGUAAAGGAUAAUUAUAUUCCAGUGAUAAAAAGAGCAUUAAAUUCAGUUCCAGUAAUCAUUGCUGCUGUUGGUACAAGACAAAAUGAAGAAUUACCUUGUACAUGCCCACUAUGUACCUCAGACAGGGGGAGCUGUGUUAGUACGACAGAAGGAAUCCAACUUGCGAAAGAACUGGGAGCCACCUAUCUUGAACUACACAGCCUUGAUGACUUCUACAUAGGAAAAUAUUUUGGAGGAGUGUUGGAGUAUUUUAUGAUUCAAGCCUUAAAUCAGAAGACAAGUGAAAAAAUGAAGAAGAGGAAAAUGAAUAGCUCAUUUCAUGGAAUUAGACCACCUCAGCUUGAACAACCAGAAAAAAUGCCUGUGUUAAAGGCUGAAGCAUCACAUUAUAACUCUGACUUAAAUAACUUGCUGUUCUGCUGCCAGUGUGUGGAUGUGGUGUUUUACCACCCAGAUUUAAAGGAAGUCGUAGAGGCCCACAAGAUUGUUCUCUGUGCUGUAAGCCAUGUUUUCAUGCUGCUUUUCAAUGUGAAGAGUCCCACAGAGAUUCAGGAUUCCAGCAUCAUCCGAACUACCCAGGAUCUCUUUGCCAUCAACAGAGAUACUGCGUUUCCAGGUGCUAGCCAGGAAUCUUCGGGCAACCCACCUUUACGAGUCGUUGUUAAAGAUGCCCUCUUCUGUUCUUGCUUAUCAGACAUUCUGCGCUUCAUUUAUUCAGGUGCUUUUCAGUGGGAAGAAUUGGAAGAAGAUAUCAGGAAAAAGUUGAAAGAUUCAGGGGAUGUUUCUAAUGUAAUUGAGAAAGUUAAAUGCAUUUUAAAAACACCAGGAAAGAUUAACUGCCUAAGGAAUUGCAAAACCUACCAAUCCAGGAAGCCUCUGUGGUUUUAUAACACUUCCCUCAGAUUUUUCCUUAAUAAACCUAUGCUUGCUGAUGUUGUCUUCGAAAUACAAGGUACAACAGUGCCAGCCCACAGAGCCAUUCUGGUGGCCCGUUGUGAAGUGAUGGCAGCCAUGUUUAAUGGUAAUUACAUGGAGGCAAAGAGUGUUCUGAUUCCAGUUUAUGGUGUUUCCAAAGAGACUUUCUUGUCAUUUUUAGAAUACCUGUACACAGACUCUUGUUGCCCAGCUGGCAUUUUCCAGGCCAUGUGUCUCCUGAUCUGUGCUGAGAUGUACCAGGUCUCCAGGCUGCAGCACAUCUGUGAGCUGUUCAUCAUCACACAGCUGCAGAGCCUGCCAAGCAGGGAACUGGCUGCCAUGAACCUCGACAUAGUUGACCUGCUCAAAAAGGCCAAGUUUCACCACUCUGAUUGCCUUUCAACCUGGCUCCUUCAUUUUAUUGCCACUAACUACCUCAUCUUCAGUCAAAAGCCCGAAUUUCAGGACCUUUCAGUGGAAGAACGCAGUUUUGUUGAAAAGCACAGAUGGCCAUCAAACAUGUACUUGAAGCAGCUUGCGGAAUACAGGAAGUAUAUUCACUCCCGGAAAUGUCGUUGCUUAGUAAUGUAACCUGGAGAUUUUACAUGCUUACGCUUUUUUAUUAUUAUGAAGAAUGGGAUACCUCCAGGUUCCAGUAAAACGCUUAGAACUGAAACCAAUAUGGGUGUUAAAAUAAUCACCAUACAGCUUAAUAUGUUUAUUAGUUCUCUUUGAAAAAACUAUUGUGGACUUAAAAGGGAACAAAGUAUACCACAGACUAAAACUAAGGCUUCACUGUAGAAUGUAAAGCUGUCGGACAACUUUACAUUUCCUGUUACUUUACUGACGUGAAGACCCCUCUCAGUUAAGAAAUGUUUAAUUUUUUUUUAAAAAUCAUAUAGGAUUAACACAGAAAUUUCAUCAUGUCUGAUUAAUUGCUCUGUUAAAUUGAAGGGCAUUUAAAGAUCCCAUGCAACUAUUUCUACAGUCAGAAAUUUAGGGGAAGACCAACAUGAGAUUUUAGGAUUAGAAGUUUGCCUAAGACUUUGAAAGUGGCAUACUACUUGGUUCCAAAUCAGUGACAGUGUUAGAAACAACAACAUGGAGAAGACUUGUGUCAAUUGCUUUGACUCCUCCCUGAAAUUCUGCAUAGGCAGGACACCUAACCAGGGCUGGUUUUAUCUGUGCGUAACCUGUGCAGUUGCACAGGUCCUCACACUUGAAAGGGCCUGGCACUUGGUUCAGUGCUCUGGUAUUGCAGUAGUGAAAUUCUUUAAAAUGUUUGAAAAAGGGCUUGUGUUUUCAGUUUAUGUAUAUUUUCUGAGAGGAAACAUACAAUGUCUUCUUGCUCAAGCAUCACUCUCUGACAGCAGAAAAGAAGUACUGAUAUUGAGAGAAGAGGGUGGUGUGACUUGUUGAGGGGCAAGAGUGUGGUAAUGGUUUCCUGCCUUUGGAGAAGUUGGUACACCCAGGGCUGCCACUGCCACUGCCACCUCCACUGGCAUGUGAGAUGUGCGUUGUGUUAGCUCUAAAACACUCACAAUUCUGCCUCAAUCCCAGAUGAACAAAUAAUUUCUCAAUUAUUCUGUAAGACCAGAAUGUUGGUAAGAGUGACUGACUAGCCUGACUUAAGUAUAUGUAUGUAAAGAUGCCCUCAGGAAAAUAUUCUUUCCAGAGAUUUUGCUAUGAAGGCUUAAGAAUUUCCCUUUCUUGGUAUGUUUGCCAAGAUUAGGAUGUCAGUGGCUUGAAUUGCUUGAAUUUUUUCCAAAGGACCACAAAAGGCAUUUGAUAUGGACAGCAAGAGUCUUAUGCUUCAAGGUUACCUUACCAAAUGAGGUAAAAGAAAGGAUAUAAAUCACAGACCAUUAGAUGUGGAGAGAAUGGUACUUGGAUAGAGGAGACAAUUAGAGUUUCUCAUCACAGGUACACAGAAAUGAUUGCUAGUUAGUGUUAGCAUCAUUGUCAUGUCAUAUAGUAUUGGAAUGUAUUUUUCCUCUAAUUUCUAGUGACUCUAGAAUACACAUAUUUCUUCCACCUUUUCAAAGCUUUUAUUAAAAUGUUCUACCAUCAUAUUAGGAUUCCAUACAGUUAGUCCUUGUAUGUAUAUCAACACUGUCGGAAUAAAACAGUAAAAAUUCCCUAUAGAUAUAUUCCAAGAAACCUAACUUUAAUUGGACUAUGUCAAUGAAUAUUACUGGAAUGCAUUUUAUGCUUUUUAUAUUUUGAUCACUUGAGUUAAUCAAUUGUUGGCAAAUCCCAUUUGACUAGAUUUAACAUUGUGAAGAAUAAAUACUGUAGCUGAUUUCUAGAAGUCCACUCACAUUUACAAACUUUUAAAAUGCAGUGACAUCCCUUUGUUCAUUAUAAAUAUAUUCAGCCCCCAUAUUAAUUACAGCAUCUAAAAUUCUAAAAAUUUUAAGAAAUUGAGAAAUACAAGUUUUGAAACAAUUAUUUUCUUGAAAAUACUAUUUAUUGGCUAAAUAUAUCAUAACUAGUUCUUUUAGCUUGUUUGGUAUGAGCAGGUUGAGUUUGGAAGCUGGUACUCCCUGGUGUUGAGCAUGUAGUCUUUAUUACAAAAGUUCUUCACCACCUGUGUGAGUGAUUCAGAGACGGACAGUACCGUACUCCAGAGCAAGUGAGAACACAAUGAAGUUUUUGAACCUAUUUGAGUUCAAAUGUAUACAUACAUGUUUGAAUUCACUCAGUUUAAAAUAAUAAGAAAUUUUAAAUACUUAGAGAAAUGAGUACUGGUUUGG